UCAUCCAAAUUCUAACGAAGGGGUUAAAAGUCGAAAAGAGAAAGAAUGUGGGGAUCAAAAUACCAAAAAAAAAAAAAAAAUCAGAACCCCAAACUUGAAAAGAGCGUAAUCGGAAAACAGAACCAGCGGUGACAUAUCGGAAUCAGUUAACGAGUUGCUUUAGCACCUAUCACUCUGCAAUCCUGAAAACAAGAUCUAUUAUCAUUCAUCGAAGAAAAGAAAAUGGUUGAUUCAAAGUUACUUAUAUCGUAACAAAUAGUUAGAAUUAAGCGUAGAAAUGGGUUGGGGAAGAGGAAUAUUCGAAGGUUCAGUAGUGUUAGGAUGUUUAUGUUCAUUAGGUUGGGCAGGUUUAUGGUUCUUAAACCGUCGUCUUUACAAAGAAUACGAAGAGAAACGUGUUCUCGUUCAAAUCAUUUUCAGUAUCGUUUUUGCUUUCUCUUGCAAUCUUCUUCAACUUGUUAUCUUCGAAAUCAUUCCCAUUCUCUCCAAAGAGGCAAGAGUGGUGAACUGGCAGAUUGAUUUAUUCUGUUUGAUUCUAUUGUUGGUAUUUCUAUUGCCCUAUUAUCAUUGUUACUUGAUGCUUAAAAAUAGUGGUUUGAGAACUGAAAGAGCUGCACUUGGAGCUGUUUUGUUUUUGUUUGCUUUUCUUUAUGCGUUUUGGAGGAUGGGUAUUCACUUUCCUAUGCCAUCACCUGAUAAAGGUUUCUUUACUAUGCCUCAACUUGUGAGUAGAAUUGGGGUGAUUGGUGUUACUGUCAUGGCUGUUUUAUCUGGUUUUGGUGCUGUAAACUUGCCAUACAGUUAUUUAUCACUUUUCAUCAGAGAGAUUGAGGAAACAGAUAUCAAGGCCUUGGAAAGACAACUAAUGCAGUCAAUUGAGACUGGUAUAUCAAAGAAAAAGAAAAUUAUUCUGGGUCAAAUUGAGAUGGAGCACAAGCAAGGAUCUGAGGAGAAGUUAAAUGCCAGAUCUUUUAUCAGACGCAUUGUUGGUACAGUUGUUCGAUCUGUGCAUGAGGACCAAAAGGAACAAGAUAUCAAAGGCAUGGAAGCAGAAGUACUGGCUCUAGAAGAGCUUUCAAAGCAAUUGUUCUUGGAGAUCUAUGAGCUUCGUCAAGCAAAGGAAGCUGCUGCAUAUUCUCGAACUUGGAAAGGACAUAUGCAGAAUCUACUAGGUUAUGCAUGCUCUGUUUAUUGUGUGUAUAAAAUGAUCAAGUCAUUGCAAAGUGUUGUUUUCAAACAGGCUGGUUCAGUUGAUCCAGUUACAAGGAUGAUAAGUAUAUUCCUACAAUUUUUUGAUAUUGGAAUAAAUGCAGCCUUAUUAUCUCAGUAUAUUUCCUUGCUAUUCAUUGGAAUGUUGGUUGUGAUAUCAGUGCGUGGAUUCUUAACAAAUUUAAUGAAGUUCUUUUUCGCUGUUUCAAGAGUUGGAAGUGGGUCGUCCAGCAACGUUGUUCUGUUUUUGUCUGAGAUAAUGGGAAUGUAUUUUUUAUCUUCUAUUCUUUUAAUCAGGAAAAGCUUAGCAACUGAAUACAGGAUUAUCAUUACAGAGGUAUUGGGUGGAGAUAUCCAGUUCGAUUUUUAUCACCGGUGGUUUGACGCAAUUUUUGUGGCUAGUGCAUUCCUUUCACUACUUUUACUGUCUGCACAUUAUACAUCUCGCCAAAUUGACAAACAUCCAAUUGAUUGAAACAUAUACUCCCAAUAUACAUGUAUAGUUUCUACUGCCACGGAAGUGAAUAGCGGAUUAAAACAUCCAUGCUGGAAGAGAUCAUCAGUGAGAGGGUUGAUAUUGCUUUUUAUAUCAACGAAUGCACAUUCGACCAAAUCUAUCAGAAUAUCCAUUUUGGAUUAUCUUCUUUCGUAAGUGGAAACUUCCGAGCAGAUAUUGUUGUUGGGCAGCAUGUUGAAUGUAGAUUUGCUUAUGCUUUGUUGAAUACAUAGAAUGAAUUGGAUGUCAAUAGUUUUUGCACUUGGCCUGGGAUUGUGGUUCCAUGGGCACAAGGAACUACAUACUUAUUGGUAAAUUUUAGAUUAUCCGUAGUUAAAAUCCCCUAUCCAAAACAUCAGUUGUUUGUCUUUUAUAGUUUUCUGUUAUGGUCUGUCUAUAAUUCUUUAACAUGUUAAAGAGAUUAAUUAAAAGUGUAUGUGCAUUUAUCACUCUGAUAUACAAUGAUUUGUGUGUUCAUUG